CGCGCGCGUGCGUUUGUGGACGGUCAUGUCUUCCUGCUUCAACACAACGCACGAGUCAGCUGCUCUUCACCUCUUCAUACCGGACUGAUUUUAUUCAACAUACUGCACUGUUUUUAUUCAACCUCCUCUACUGCUUUUAUUUUCACCGCAUUGUUUUAAUGGAUAAAAACCAGUGAGAAGAGACGUGACAGCCUGAGAUCUUGGUUUGGGCCUUUUCUUAUAGAACUUAAUUUUGCCAACAGACCACACACACUCAGGUAUGGGCUUUGCGGAGGAUUUAUCGUGUCCUCAGGGUCACGCGGCCCUGAUGAAACUGCAGGACUCUGAGCUGCGUCUGAUGGAGGUCAUGAAGAAGUGGAUGACGCAGCGGGCGAAGAGCGAUCGCGAGUUCUCCACGCAGCUGCAUCAGAUGUCGGCCAUGGUGGAGAAGCUGGAAGGCUCUCAGUCCGGUGGAGGUCUGGACUACAUCAGCCAGUUUAACAAAUCGUGGGACGUGUUGGUCAGUCAAACGGAGAUCCUCAGUCGAAUCCUGCGCAAACGCUCCGAGGAACUGAUGGUGGGUCCGCUCAGCAAACUCACCCUCCUCAUUCGGGACAAACAGCAGCUGAGGAAGACGUACGGGGAACAGUGGAACCUUCUCAACCAGGAGCUCUGCAGGGUCACCCAAACCGAGCUGGACCGACUCAAGUCCAGUUACAGACAGCUGGUACGGGACGCGGCUCAGGCCAAGCGGAAGUACCAAGAAGCAAUCAAAGACAAAGAACGCGACAAAGCGAAGGAACGCUACAUCAAAGCUACCCUGAAGCUACACGAGCAUCACAAUGAGUAUGUGCUGUCGGUGAAGGCCGCUCAGGUGCAUCACCAGCUCCACUAUGGCAAGAGUCAGCCAGCGCUACUGGGAGCUCUGCAAACGCUGCACGAGGAAAUGAUGCUCGUACUGAAAGAGAUUCUGCAGGAAUAUUUCGAUCUGUCUAGUCUCGUGCACCAUGAGGUGGUGAGCGUUCACACUGAAAUGGCAGACGCCCUGAAGGCCAUCCAACCUCACCGAGAAUAUGACAACUUCAUUCAGCAGAACAGAUCAAGAGGAGAGGUUCCCGCGUGUUUUGAGUUUGACAGCAGUUUGCUGGAGGAUGCUGACGGUCUGAAAGCAGAAGAACUGCAGCUCAACGAGCUCACGGUGGAGGCGAUCCAGCAUCGACUCACUGCUGUGGAGGAAGAGCUCUUGGGUCUUUCCAGUACUCUGGGUUCUCAGCAGGCUACUGUCAAUCAGCUGGAGUUGGACCUGGAAGCUGAGGAACGGUCGGCAAACAUAGGACAGAGAGUGUAUCAGUUCAGCAAGCGUAACGCUCUGGAGGACAGCAGGCAGCAGGUGGUUCUGUCCAUGGUGGCUCGAGCUCGGCUGGAGGCUCAGCGGAGGGUUCUUUCUGAUAAACUUCAGUCUCUGGGCAGUAAGGAAGCUCCGGGUCUGGGCCUGGAUGAUGAUCGGAUAUCCGUAACCUCCAACAAUUCAGCGCUGGAACGUGACAAAGAGCACAAACUCCUCAACAUGGAUGUGAUUGUCAGUCACCUCAGCAGUUUAUUCAAGCCCAAGUACACGGUUCCUCCGGCGCUGACGCCUGUGCCGGAGCGGGAGAAGCCCUUGGCUCAGCAGGGCUGGUAUCACGGUGCCAUCCCUCGCCUGGAGGUGCAGGAACUGCUGAGGAAUGACGGAGACUUCCUGGUUCGAGAAAGCCAGGGCAAGCAGGAAUAUGUGCUGUCUGUGCACUGGAGCGGCCAGUGUCGCCAUUUCCUUAUUCAGAGCGCAGACGGUGUGUAUCGUCUUGACAGUGAAGGUUUCUGUUCUGUACCACUGUUAGUGAAUCACAUCCUCAGCUCCAAAAAUCCCGUCACGAAGAGGACAGACAUUGUGCUGAAAAAACCCAUCGUUAAGGACAAAUGGGUUUUGGAACAUGAUGAAGUCGUCCUGGGCCAGAGCAUUGGCCGGGGGAACUUUGGCGAGGUGUUCAGUGGACGCUUGCGUUCGGAGAACACACCAGUGGCAGUGAAAGCCUGCAGAGAGAAUCUACCAUUAGAACAGAAGAAUAAAUUCCUCAUGGAGGCCAGGAUUCUCAAACAGUACGACCAUCCAAACAUAGUGAAGCUCAUUGGCGUCUGUACACAGAAACAGCCGAUAUAUAUCAUCAUGGAACUGGUGCAAGGAGGAGACUUUCUGACCUUUCUGCGUGCAGAGGGCCAAAACUUAGGGACCAAGAUGUUGAUCCGGAUGGCAGAGAACGUGGCGUCCGGCAUGGCCUAUCUGGAGAACAAAAAGUGUAUUCACCGAGAUCUGGCUGCACGUAACUGCCUAGUAGGAGAGGAAAGUGUGGUAAAGAUCAGUGAUUUUGGGAUGUCCCGUCAGGAGCAGGACGGUGUGUAUGACGCUACAGGAGGGAUGAAGCAGAUCCCAGUCAAAUGGACCGCACCAGAAGCACUCAAUUACGGACGCUACACUACUGAGAGUGACCUGUGGAGUUUUGGAGUGUUAAUGUGGGAGACGUUCUCCAGAGGAGUCACUCCAUACACGACACCACACAACAUGACUAACCAACAGACCAGAGAAGAGAUUGAGAAAGGAUAUCGCAUGCCAGCACCCAAUAACUGUCCAGAUGAGAUCUACGCCCUGAUGUGUCAGUGUUGGCAAUACGACCCAAGAAAGCGACCCUCGUUUCACAAACUAAAUGCAGAUUUAUAUGCUUUAUGCCAUUAGUACAUUUGUCUAAUGACGGAGCCAAAAAAAAUUAACUUAUUAAAUUAUUUCAAAAUUAUUUUUUAUAUGAAUAUAAGGCAAAACCGUCUUUGCCAUCUCAGACAGCAUCAUAUUAAACUGAAUCAAUUUCGAUGCAGCUUUUUAAAUAUAUAUUUACAGUAUUUUAAGUUGUAAUGCAGUCCUUCAAAUGGUUUGUGUCUUAUAAUGUUUUAAUAAUUAAUACAUUCCUGCAUACGGUGAAUAACUUAUGAUCUUUGUUUGUAUAAAACUACUGUAAAUAAAUAAAAUAUGAAAUCAUUCAGUGUUCGUCUGUUUAAAAAAUGUCUUCAGAUGUAUUUGUCAAACUAUAAUCCUGGACUGCAGUCAUAUUCUAUAGGACCUUUUAUUUGCCCUAACCAAAAAUAAAAUAAAUUAACUGAUUUUUAAAAAUAAGUUAUUUAUACUCGUGUCAUUACAAACCGAUGUCUUUUGACUAUCUUUCUUCUACAAGAACAUUAAAGAAGAUAUUUUGAAGAAUGUUGAUAAUCAAACAGUAUCGAACACCAUUAACUUUCAUUGUAUGAACAAAAAACACUGAGACAUUUCUCAAAAUAUCUUCUUUUGUGUUCCACUGAAUAAAGACUCAUAUACAGGUUUUAAAUCACAUGAAGGUGAGUAAACGAUGACAUUUUUUCAGGUGAACUAUCCCUUUAACUGAAUGUGGCAUUGUAAUUCACCUCUGGGUGAACUUAAGCUAUACCGCCACAUAAACCUGUUGCACAAGAGCAUGAAUGUCAAUGGUUUAUCAGUUUCAUCUGAUUGUUUUUUAAUGAUAUCACUCUCCAAAUUUUUGAAACACAGACCUGUUCCAUCUCUUAUUCAACACAAGGUUCAGACUAGUGCCAGCUACUGAAACAAGUGAGUUUGAGCUGAUCUGUCUGUCUGUCUCGUCUGUCUGUCUGUGUCUAUCCGUCUAUCUAUAUAAACGGUGGAUAUAACGCUGGAUUUGGAGAUGGUUUGAUUUACUUAUAUUUAUAGAAAAGGACAGUUUACAUUACAGCAGUUCUAUACUGAACAGGUCAAGGGAUGUGUUCCAAAUGGAGUAAAACCACAUCAAAGGUGUUUUAUAGAUGAAUCUCACCUCCCAAUACACCUCUGCUUUUAGGUGCAUAUCCAGAAUGCCACCCUGGCCGGAGUCUCCGCCAUGGGAACGACGGCAGAGUUUAUGAUCACAACUUAUGGCUUGCUGAUAGUUGGAUUCUGCUGCGGCAUCCUGUCGACUUUCGGCUACCUGGUGCUCACGCCAUUUAUGGAAAAGUAUUUGAAGAUUCAAGAUACCUGUGGCAUCCACAACUUGCAUGCCAUGCCAGGUCUCCUCUGAGGAGUUGUGGGGGCCCUCACAGCAGCAACAGCCAGUGAGAGUGUAUACAGGCGUGAGGGGACGCUACACCACUGAGAGUGACCUGUGGAGUUUUGGAGUGUUGCUGUGGGAGACGUUCUCCAGGGGCCCGUUCUUCGUACCUCGCUAACUCUGUUAGCUGGAUUUGAUUGUUGACGAUUUCGCAUGAUCUUGGAUUGUUCGGUUCUUCGACGCCCAUCCUGG